AUGCAUUGCCUGUCUUCUGUUCAGUACCAAGUUCUGCUCAAUGGAGGCCUUACCAAGGCUUUUGUUCCAAAGAGGGGUCUCAAGCAGGGGGAUCCGUUGUCCCCAUAUCUUUUCAUCCUUGGAGCGGAGGUUCUAUCUCGGCUUUUUUCUAGAGCAGAGUCUGAAGGGAACCUAAAGGGUUAUUCGUUGAGCAGAGGGGGAACCCCGAUAUCGCAUUUGAUGUACGCUGAUGAUCUCCUCAUCUUUCUUGAGGCAGAAAAAGGUAAUGUCGCUGGGGCCUUGAAAUCUCUAGAUACUUACUGUUCUUGGUCUGGCCAGAUGAUGAACAUGCAGAAAUCAAAGAUUUUUUUCUCUAAGAAUUGUUCGGGAGUUUGUCGUGAGGAGAUACAAAGCCUGUUGGGCCUGGAGGAGAUGGGGAGAGAAGAGAAAUUCCUCGGAAACCCGCUUUUUCUUAAGGGCAAUCGAAGCAGCGACUUUGAGUUUAUCCUCGAUAAGAUCUCGGCUAGACUUGAAGGUUGGAGGGCUCGUCUUUUAUCUCAGGCUGCGAGGGGCAUGUCGGUGUUUGUUCUUCCUCGAAAGAUAAUCAAUCAAAUCGAUGCAGUCUUGAGACGUUUUUGGUGGACGGGUCAGAGUAAGGAGGGCCGAUUCCUGGCUUUAAAAGCGUGGGAUACGUUAUGCAAGCCUAAGCAAUGUGGGGACUUAGGUUUUUCGGCGGGCUCGAGAUGUCAAUUUCAGUUUGAUCGCCAAGUUAGGGUGGAUGUUGGAGACGGAUUCCAAGGCUCUUUGGACUCAUGUUCUCGGCUCCAAGAAUUCAUUAGGGAGAACUGUGUUUGGGUGGUGGGCAAACAGUCGAAAGUGAAAAUUUGGCACCAUAAUUGGUCUUGUGGAGAUAACCUUGUCGUGGAUUCGGGGGCUAUAAACCCCCUGGUUGGAAAUAGCAUUGGGUUUCAAGACUUAGUUGUCUCGGAUGAAGACGUUUGGCAUCAUGAGAAAGUGAUCUCGACUUUUAAUCCGGUUACCACCUCCAACAUUUUAAAGGUGAAUAGAGAGUCGCUUUUGGAUCAUGAUUCGGCCUGUUGGAAGCCUUCCCCGAAUGGAAAUUUCUCCAUAAAGGCGGCCUAUUGGUCCCUUAAUAGUGCUAGAUUCGAACAGAAGGAUAAUAUCUUUGGAAAUCCUCCUGGUGUUUGUAUGUUUUGUGGUCAUGAUGAAGGGGAUACGGUUAAACACUUUAUCUCUUUUUGCCCUGUUACAAGAUCUCUAUGGUUCGCCUCUCGCUGGUGUAUUCGUUUGGAGGCCCUCCAGAGUUCGAAUGGUAGGGAGGUGGUGAGUUGGCUAUUCAAUCCGCCUUUCCUUAAUGCUAUGCCCCAGGCCGAGGCUCGUGAAUUCACUGUCUAUGGUGCUUUGUUGUAUUAUAAACUGUGGAAUCUUCGCAAUGAAAUGUUCCAUCGUGGAGUCCCUUUGCAGUUGGAUAAGUUAAUUCGCCAGAUUGGGGAGUCGUUUGUGGAGAGUAUCAGCCUGGUUGAUGGGUUGGCUGAACCAGUGGGGGGGUUUAGUGUUUCGGGUGCGGUCCAUUGGGGCUCCCCAAGAUGUGAGAAGGUGAAGGGAUUCGUGGAUUGCGCUUUGGGUAAGGAUGUUGGUUCUGUGGCUGUUGUUUUCUACGACAAUUUAGGGAAUCUUGUCGGCUUUGGAGCGAAAAAAGUUCACGUUAAUUCGGCUUUCCAGGGGGAAUUGGAAGCUUUGGCUUUCGGGACAGACCUUGCAAAGGAUUUGCAUUUAGGAGGUGUGGAUUUCUCCUCGGAUUGCCAACUGCUGGUGAAAGCCUUGAUCGCGGGUUCGUCUCCUUUCUGGUUUCUUACACUUUCCUUUACCGAGCUUUACAAUGCUCUUGUUGCAUCUGAUAGCCAUGUAGUUUGGAUCUCUCGUGUUUUAAAUAAUGCUGCUCACUCCCUUGCGAGGUGGGGUCUGUCCCAUCCUUGCAACGGUUUGCUGAGAUUUUGGGAGGUGAGUCCCCAUGUGCUCACCAAUCUUUUCUUUUCUGCUUAA